AUGGCAGCCUCCGGCGAUGCCGGCCUCGACGUGGCGGCGGUGGAAAGUUUCCUAGAGAGGCACCCGGAGCUGGUGGAGAAGUGGCUGCAGAGGAAGAACUCGCUCCCUAAAGCGCCUGCCGUCCCCGCCGCCCCCGCCUCCGGCCCGUCGGAGGAGCGGCGGAGCAGCGACGGCCCCGGCUGCAGCUGGGGGAGCGCGGGCGGCCCCGGCGGCCCCGGCCCCGGGGGGCUGCAGCGCCGAGCGUCCCAGAAGGAGCUGCGGAAGAGCUUCGCCCGCUCCAAGGCUAUCCACGUCAACCUCACCUACGACGAGCAUGUGCACGCCCGGGCACAGGAGCCGCUGAGCAGCGUGCGGCGGCGGGCGCUGCUGCGGAAGGCCAGCUCCUUGCCCCCCACCACCGCCCACAUCCUCAGCGCCCUGCUGGAGUCCCGGGUCAGCCUGCCCCAGUACCCCCCCACCGCCCUGGACUACAAGCGCUACCUCAAGGAGCACAACGAGCGUCAGUUUUUCCUUGAACUGGUCAAGGACAUCUCCAAUGACCUGGACCUCACCAGCCUCAGCUACAAGAUCCUCAUCUUCGUCUGCCUCAUGGUGGACGCGGACCGGGGAUCCCUCUUCCUCGUGGAGGGGACCUCCGCCGGCAAGAAGACCCUGGUGUCCAAGUUCUUCGACGUGCACGCCGGCACCCCGCUGCUGCCCUGCGGCUCCACCGAGGACAGCAACGAGGUGCAGGUGCCCUGGGGCAAGGGCAUCAUCGGCUACGUGGCGGAGCACGGAGAGACGGUCAACAUUCCCGACGCCUAUCAGGACCGACGCUUUAAUGAUGAGAUUGACAAACUGACUGGAUACAAGACAAAGUCACUCUUGUGCAUGCCCAUAAGAAACAGUGAUGGAGAGAUUAUUGGUGUUGCUCAAGCAAUAAAUAAGACUCCAGGAGGUGCCCCUUUUUCUGAUGAUGAUGAAAAGGUGAUGCAGAUGUACCUCCCCUUCUGUGGGAUUGCCAUAUCCAAUGCCCAGCUAUUUGCAGCUUCAAGGAAAGAAUAUGACAGAAGCAGGGCUUUACUGGAAGUAGUGAAUGACCUCUUUGAGGAACAGACUGACUUAGAGAAAAUUGUGAAGAAAAUUAUGCAUCGGGCCCAGACUCUACUGAAGUGUGAGCGGUGCUCGGUAUUACUUCUGGAAGAUAUUGAAUCACCAGUGGUGAAAUUUACAAAAUCCUUUGAAUUGUUGUCUCCAAAAUGCAGUGCUGAUACUGACAACAGUUUCAAAGACAGUGUGGAAAAAUCACCAUCUUAUUCUGACUGGCUAAUAAAUAAUAGCAUUGCUGAACUCGUCGCUUCCACAGGUCUCCCAGUGAACAUCAGUGAUGCUUAUCAGGAUCCUCGCUUUGAUGCUGAUGCUGACCAAAUUUCUGGCUUUCACAUAAGAUCUGUUCUGUGUGUUCCUAUAUGGAACAGCACCCACCAAAUAAUUGGUGUAGCUCAAGUGUUGAACAGGCUUGAUGGGAAAUCCUUUGACGAUGCUGACCAGCGACUGUUUGAAGCUUUUGUUAUUUUUUGUGGCCUGGGUAUCAACAACACAAUUAUGUAUGACCAAGUGAAGAAAUCCUGGGCAAAACAGUCUGUGGCUCUUGACGUGUUGUCUUAUCAUGCAACAUGUUCGAAGGCAGAAGUUGAUAAAUUCAAGGCAGCAAACAUCCCUCUGGUGUCAGAGCUUGGCAUUGACGAUAUCCAUUUUGAUGACUUCUCACUCGAUGUGGAUGCCAUGAUUACUGCAGCUCUGCGGAUGUUCAUGGAACUUGGAAUGGUUCAGAAAUUUAAAAUUGACUACGAGACACUGUGUAGGUGGCUUUUGACAGUGCGGAAGAACUAUCGAAUGGUUUUGUAUCACAACUGGAGGCACGCUUUCAAUGUCUGCCAGCUGAUGUUUGCCAUGUUAACUACCGCAGGAUUUCAGGAGAUUCUAACUGAAAUUGAAAUUUUAGCUUUGAUUGUGGGAUGCUUAUGUCACGACCUUGACCACAGGGGAACCAACAAUGCCUUCCAAGCCAAGAGUGGAUCAGCCUUAGCUCAGCUCUAUGGCACCUCUGCUACUUUGGAGCACCACCAUUUCAAUCAUGCUGUCAUGAUUCUCCAAAGUGAGGGUCACAACAUCUUUGCUAACUUGUCCUCUAAGGACUACAGUGACCUUAUGCAGCUUCUGAAGCAAUCGAUAUUGGCAACAGACCUCACUCUGUAUUUUGAGAGAAGGACCGAAUUUUUUGAACUUGUCAGUAAAGGUGGUUAUGAUUGGAAUGUAAAAAACCACCGAGAAGUAUUUCGAUCAAUGCUAAUGACAGCCUGUGACCUUGGAGCUGUGACCAAACCGUGGGAGAUUUCAAGACAGGCAACUGAGCUGGUAACCAGUGAGUUCUUUGAACAAGGAGACAGAGAGAGAUCUGAACUCAAACUCACCCCUUCAGCCAUUUUUGAUCGGAACAGGAAACAUGAACUACCCAGGUUGCAGCUUGAGUGGAUUGAUAGUAUCUGCAUGCCAUUGUAUGAGUGUCUAGUGAAGCUGAAUGUGAAACUGAAGCCUAUGCUGGACUCUGUAGCAGUAAACAGAGGUAAAUGGGAGGAGCUGCACCAAAAAAGACUUCCUUCCCAGGCGGCACCCUUGUCCUCCUUUUCCUCCAGCUUCACCAUGUCUCUCAAAGACAUAAAUUAA